AUGACUAUCUCGUCUCUUCUUCAAAACCCCUUUGAAAUGAUCACUUCUCCUUCUUCUUCUUCUUCUUUAGUCAAUUUACUCCGUCUCCACCAACAAGAAGUCCGUUUCCACGCAAUGAAAGCUGCAGAGGUUGAAGAAAGCAGUAACAAACAAGGGAAUGGACCCCUUCUUGAAGAAAGGGUCCAUUCACGCCCAAUCAAUCGACCCUCUUCACCUGCUUUCAUGUCACCAAAUGCCAGUCGACUCUACUCGGUUGCAGUAACGAACGGCACAAACAGUACCACAAGCUUGAGCCCAGAGACGGUCUUUUUGUCUUCGAUCCCCGUCAACGGCCCGAGCCGAGAAGAUGCAAUCGCUGCAAGCUCGGCCUUCCGCUUGAACAUGGACUUACACAGCAGCAACAGCAGCCACCAACUCGUGGGUUUCUGUUUUCUGCCGCCACCAGAGCUUGCCGACAUGAACUACACGGCGAAGGGCAUCCCGGACCUCAACUUGCCACCACCAGAUGUCUCAGCUUCGGAGCUGGUCCUAAUAAUCAAGAACAGAAACAUCUUCCAUUUUAUCAAUGCUGUGUGUUCGUUGGUUGUCAAGCAAGAGGGCCUCGAGGGGCUGGAGGAGUAUAUGAAGAACAAGAGCAGCUUGACCGAACUCCAGCUUUGCAAUCUGUAUUCCAUUCGGAUCUGGAAUAUGCUGUCCCUCUCCCGGGGAGGUGAAAUUGAGAAGGAGUUGGUGGAGGAAGGCCUAAUUGAAGCCCUAAUCCGCGUCGAGGAUCUUCCAUCGCCGCUGGAGCUGGUCCUUGCUCCGCCAGAUCCCUAUAAGGCCUCCGCCAACCAAGAUGCUAGGAUUGAUUACAAGUACAAGCAAGCAUCAACUUGGUUCGACGACAACAAAGAGACUUUGUCCUCGGAUGCUCGCAAUUAUGAUGUUGUUGGUGAUGAGGAAGAGGACCAGGGCAGCGGUAAUUAUGAUGUUGAUGAGGAGGAGGAGGAGGAGGACGAGAGCAGCGGUGAUGAGGCUGAUCAUCAUCAGGACCAGAAGCGCAAGGCGGUGGCUGUUAUGGACGACCAGGAUCCGUAUGAUCAGCAUCUGCAGAGGAAGAAGGCCAGGCACGGUGGAGCUCUUCGUAUUGACGAGCCCGCCAAUCCAUGA